AUGUCCGCUGAUUUCUGGGCCGGCUAUAUCUCUGGAGCCAUUGGAAUUCUUGUCGGCAACCCCCUCGACAUAAUCAAAACCAAACUCCAAGCCGGCUCUGCAAAGAAAACCCCAGAAAUCCACAUAACCCCAUCACCACAAUCCCAAACCUCUCCCCAACACUGGACCGCCUUUGCUCGGGGCGCAGCAGCUCCAAUUCUUGGCUACGGAGCUCUGAAUGCAAUCCUCUUCGUAACCUACAACCGCUCCCUCUCCCUCCUCCAAACCGGCUCCCUCUCCACCCUACCUCAAGAUCUACCCUCCCAUCCCCCCGCUUGGAAAAUCUGGACCGCAGGAGCCUUGGGAGGAUUGGCAACUUUCGUAAUCUCAGCACCCACAGAAUUAGUGAAAUGCAGAGCUCAAAUUUCAAAUCCUCCGAAAUCAUCUUGGCAAAUAACCCAAUCCCUCUUCAAAACCUCCGGCCUCCGCGCCCUCUACGCAGGCGGCACAAUCACCGCCCUCCGCGAUUCCCUCGGCUACGGCUUCUACUUCUGGUCCUACGAACUCACCAAACGCAAUUGGACCUCUCCACACGACACAGAAACCACUCAAGCCUUCAAAAUCCUAAUGUCCGGAGGUUUAGCCGGAGUGGUGACAUGGGCGAGUAUUUUUCCUUUGGAUGUUGUGAAGACGAGGGUUCAGACGUGGGAUUUACUAUCAGGACCAGGAGCAGAAGGGCAGGGGUUACCAGGUACAUGUAGCAGUAAAGAUGGAUUGGGGAAACGACCGAGUACGUUAGAAAUUGCUCGCGCAGCGUAUCGAAGCGAAGGAGUACCAGUGUUCUUUCGAGGGUUGGGGAUAUGUAGUGCCAGAGCGUUUAUUGUGAAUGCUGUGCAAUGGGCGGUUUAUGAAUGGAUGAUGAAAGUUUUGACGUCACAGGAAGGAACGGGGGAAGGCCAAAAUGAUAGAGUUAGAUGA